AGCCCGAGCGCCGGCUCAGCUGACCGGCGGGCGCCAGACGCCGUGGCUCCCAGUUCGCGAGUGCAGCUGCGGCGGCGCGGGCCUCUCACGGCGACACUGCCCCCCCCCGCCCCGCGCGCCCCUCCCCCACCCCGCACCGGGAUCCGGACCGACUGCGCGCGAGCUCGCGGCCCCUUCCCUGGCGCUGAGCGAGGAGCGAAGCUGCGGUGACGAGCGGCGGCUGCGCGGCCAUGGGCGCGCCCGGGUCGCCCUAGGGCGGGAGCGCGGAGACCGAAGCCCGAGCGGCAGUCUCGGCAGCGAGCCCUCUCGGGCGGCGGCGGCAGCGGCGGCAGGAGCAGCGCAGCCGGGAUGAGCGGGAGCGGCGCGGCGCCCGGCCCGGGCUCGGGCUCCUCCCCGGCAGCCUGCCGUUUCGCGCACUACUUCGUGCUGUGCGGGAUCGACGCGGACAGCGGCCUGGAGCCCGACGAGCUGGCGGAUUCAUCCCAUGAUCUCAUGUUCAUAGCAGUUUUGUACCAAUGGCUAGAAGCAGAUCGUCAUGGCAAGAGCCAAGAUGCUGCAAAUACGACUUCAGGUGAAAAUUUUGACCAGAGUCCUUUGAGAAGAACAUUCAAAUCCAAAGUUCUGGCCCACUAUCCUCAGAAUAUAGAAUGGAACCCUUUCGAUCAAGAUGCAGUAAACAUGUUGUGCAUGCCUAAAGGGCUAUCUUUCAGAACACAAACUGACAAUAAAGACCCUCAGUUCCACUCAUUUAUAAUUACCCGGGAAGAUGGUUCUCGUACCUACGGUUUUGUUCUCACUUUUUAUGAAGAAGUUACAAGUAAGCAAAUCUGCACAGCAAUGCAGACGCUCUACCAGAUGCACAACGCAGAGCAUUACAGCAGCUUGUACGCUUCAUCCUCCUGCAGCAUGGACUCACUGGCAAGCAGUAUUGACGAGGGAGAUACAACUUCCCUUUUGAAACUCCAGCGAUACAACUCUUAUGACAUCAGCAGAGACACCCUGUAUGUUUCAAAAAGUAUAUGUUUGAUCACACCACUGCCUUUCAUGCAGGCCUGCAAGAAAUUCCUUAUCCAGCUUUACAAGGCAGUUACCUCACAGCAGCCACCGCCCUUGCCGCUUGAGAGCUACAUCCAUAAUAUUCUCUAUGAGGUGCCCCUUCCUCCUCCAGGGAGAUCACUGAAAUUUUAUGGUGUUUAUGAACCCGUCAUCUGUCAGAGGCCGGGCCCCAGUGAACUUCCUCUCUCCGAUUACCCGCUCCGAGAGGUCUUCGAGCUCCUGGGCCUGGAGAACUUGGUACAGGUGUUUACCUGUGUUCUUUUAGAGAUGCAGAUCCUUCUCUACUCACAAGAUUAUCAACGCCUGAUGACUGUGGCGGAAGGCAUCACCACACUUCUGUUCCCAUUUCAGUGGCAACAUGUUUAUGUGCCCAUCCUCCCUGCUUCUCUGCUACAUUUUCUUGAUGCUCCUGUCCCUUAUCUGAUGGGCCUUCAGUCAAAAGAAGGAACUGACCGUUCUAAGCUAGAACUUCCUCAAGAGGCUAAUUUGUGUUUUGUGGAUAUUGACAACCAUUUUAUUGAGUUGCCUGAAGAAUUUCCACAGUUCCCCAAUAAAGUAGAUUUUAUCCAGGAACUCUCUGAAAUUCUUCUUCAAUUUGGGAUCCCUCCUGAGGGCAGCCUACAUUGUAGUGAGAGUGCCACCAAGCUAAAGAAUCUGGUUCUGAAAGACUUGGUCAAUGACAAGAAGAAUGGCAACGUCUCUGCUAAUAACAUUAGCAUGUAUGAGUUACUGAAGGGCAACGAAACCAUAGCCCGCCUCCAGGCUCUAGCCAAGCGGACUGGUGUGACCGUGGAAAAAAUGGACCUCUCUGCCUCUUUGAGUGAAAAAGAAAAAGAUUUAAAACUGCAGUGUGAAGAGGCAGAACUAAGGGACUACCAGCUCAACGUACAGCUCCGAGAGGUCUUUGCUAACCGCUUUACACAGAUGUUUGCAGAUUAUGAAGCGUUUGUGAUUCAGACUGCCCAGGACAUGGAAUCUUGGCUGACCAACCGGGAACAGAUGCAGAACUUUGACAAAGCUUCCUUUCUGUCUGACCAGCCAGAACCUUACCUGCCAUUUCUUUCACGCUUCAUUGAAACACAGAUGUUUGCCACCUUUAUUGAUAAUAAAAUUAUGUCUCAGUGGGAAGAGAAAGAUCCUUUGCUUCGAGUCUUUGAUUCUCGGAUUGAGAAGAUAAGACUGUAUAAUGUAAGGGCACCCACCUUGAGGACAUCUAUAUAUCAGAAAUGCAGCACUUUAAAAGAAGCAGGUGAACUCUUUAGGCAGAGGCUAUCUGCUGCUGAUAUUGUGGCACCAGAACCUCAUGAUUUCUGUGCAGAAAGACACCAAGUUGCUACCCAAUCAAUUGAGCAACGACUGAUGAAAAUGGAUCACACUGCAAUCCACCCACAUCUACUUGAUAUGAAAAUUGGUCAAGGCAAAUAUGAGCAAGGGUUCUUUCCAAAGUUACAGUCUGAUGUCUUGGCAACAGGACCAGCUAAUAACAAUCGCUGGGUAAGUCGGAGUGCCACUGCACAGCGCCGGAAAGACCGCCUUCGCCAACAUUCCGAGCACGUUGGGCUGGACAACGACCUGAGGGAGCCUUCCGGGGAACUUGUGGUCUGUCAGAACUCCAUGGCAUUCUGGGAGUGGGAUCAGGGUCCACCUCCUCCUGCACGACUUCCUAAAAAAUCCUUCUCUGAGUGCUGCCUGAAAUACAUGCAAGAGGCACGAAGUUUAGGAAAAAACCUGAGGCAACCCAAAUUGUCAGACCUCUCUCCUGCAGUGAUUGCACAAACCAACUGGAAAUUUGUAGAAGGCUUAUUAAAAGAAUGUAGAAUGAAGACAAAACGCAUGUUGGUGGAAAAGAUGGGACACGAAGCAGUGGAACUGGGCCAUGGGGAAGCAAACAUAACCGGCUUGGAGGAGAACACCCUGAUCGCCAGCCUCUGUGACCUGCUGGAAAGGAUCUGGAGCCAUGGCUUGCAGGUCAAGCAGGGGAAGUCAGCUUUGUGGUCACAUUUAAUUCAGUUUCAGGACAGAGAAGAGAAACAAGAGCACCUUGCAGAAUCACCAGUUGCCCUUGGACCAGAAAGAAGAAAAUCUGACUCAGGAGUUAUGUUGCCAACACUCAGGGUCUCUCUUAUCCAAGACAUGAGGCAUAUUCAAAACAUGAGUGAGAUCAAGACUGAUGUCGGACGAGCUCGAGCAUGGAUAAGAUUGUCUCUAGAAAAGAAGCUCUUGUCCCAGCAUCUCAAGCAGUUGCUCUCUAACCAACUGCUCACAAAGAAGCUUUAUAAACGUUAUGCUUUUCUACGUUGUGAAGAAGAAAGAGAGCAGUUUCUUUACCAUCUUCUUUCCCUCAAUGCUGUGGACUAUUUCUGCUUCACCAGUGUGUUCACCACUAUCAUGAUUCCGUAUAGGUCAGUGAUCAUUCCCAUCAAAAAGCUAAGCAAUGCGAUCAUCACAUCGAACCCUUGGAUCUGUGUAUCAGGAGAACUAGGAGACACGGGAGUAAUGCAGAUUCCCAAAAAUCUCCUCGAAAUGACUUUUGAAUGCCAGAACCUGGGGAAGCUGACUACUGUUCAGAUCGGUCACGAUAACUCAGGACUGUUAGCCAAAUGGCUAGUGGAUUGUGUCAUGGUCAGAAAUGAAAUCACAGGACAUACAUACAGGUUCCCAUGCGGGCGGUGGCUGGGGAAAGGCAUUGAUGAUGGAAGCCUGGAGAGAAUUCUCAUUGGAGAACUGAUGACGACAGCAGCAGAUGAGGACCUGGUGAAGCAGUGUCGGACUCCACCCCAGCAGAAAUCACCCACCACGGCCAGGAGACUAAGCAUCACUUCACUGACGGGAAAAACUACCAAACCCAAUGCUGGACAGAUCCAAGAAGGAAUUGGAGAAGCUGUGAACAAUAUUGUGAAACAUUUUCACAAACCUGAAAAAGAGAGAGGAAGCCUCACUGUGUUGCUGUGUGGAGAGAGUGGCUUAGUUGCAGCACUUGAGCAAGUUUUCCACCAUGGCUUCAAAUCUGCUCGCAUCUUUCACAAGAACGUCUUCAUCUGGGACUUCAUAGAGAGAGCAGUUGCUUAUUUUGAAACAACUGACCAGAUUCUAGACAAUGAAGAUGAUGUCCUCAUUCAGAAAUCAUCCUGCAAAACCUUCUGCCACUAUGUAAAUGCUAUUAAUACUGCACCCAGGAACAUUGGGAAGGACGGCAAAUUCCAGAUUUUAGUUUGCCUUGGAACACGGGAUCGCCUGCUCCCACAGUGGAUUCCACUGUUAGCCGAGUGUCCUGCCAUCACCCGAAUGUAUGAGGAGAGCGCCCUCCUGCGAGAUCGCAUGACCGUCAACUCCCUCAUCCGCAUUCUGCAGACCAUCCAGGACUUCACCAUAGUCUUAGAAGGCUCACUCAUCAAAGGAGUGGAUGUGUAACCCAAUUAGCUAGAAACUCUCAGUCCAGACCCCUUGUUCCUGAACCUUCCCCAACGAUGGGGACCGAUUUGGACUUGUCUGACAAGGUAGUGAGUCACUGCAGGGGGCAACACACCGUAUCCCCCAAUUUGAACAAUCCUGACACUACAGACAAGGUAAAAUGCUGUAUUGUAGUUCAUUUGAACCUGGAAUUUAGUAUAAAAUAGAGUAUUUUCAUGUGUUAGAUGUGUGUAAAUAUGCUCUCUUCUUUGAGAAAUUAUAUUACUCUAAUAAGAUAACUUUUCUUAGAUUGAAUAUUCCUGUGACUUAAAAUAAGUAGCUUAAAAGUAUUGGGAGUUGGGGGGGAGAGGAGAAAGAGUGGUGCUAGUCAGGAAGAAGCCAGUAAACAUGUAAAUACAGUGCAACCGAGUGGGGCUUUUUUUUUCCUCCAGGUAUCACAAAGGAACUCAGAAUGCAUUGUUAUGUCGUAACCAGCCGUCCUGGUGUCUGAUCCUUUGUAUUGUGAAUGUAAACAGCUUUACCUACUGUAGGGGAUAGUAGCCCUCACUUAUAGCUUUUAAGUUUCACAUGGUUUCAUACGUUUGAAUUGAGCCACUUUUCCAGUCUUUUGGAAAAAUUUUUCCGUCAGCACAAGAUAUGAUUCAAAUAUUUUAAAUACUGUACCCCAGGAGCUUGGCUAAACUGGAAAGAGAACACACAAAGCCCUGAGAAGUGUGUUAACUUGUGGGAUUAUAACUUCUUUACACUUUGGAAAGAUUAGCCUAGACUAACUUCAUUCUUGGCAUUUUUAUUCUUGUUAUUUGUGGUACUUUGGGGAGAUGUGAAUUUCAGAGUGUUGGCCUCAUGGUCUUAAGAACUGCAAACAGCAGUUUGAUUCUGUACUUUUAAUUUGGCCAUCUCAACCCUGCAGUGGUCCCUUACCUCUUAAGGAUAACCACAAACACUGUCUUUGUUUGGUUCCAAUCACCCGCCUCCCCUCGCCCGGUGCCCAUCCCCCCUCAGGAAAUGGAAAGAAUGUUUAAGAAGGAGGAGGGCUCUGUGUGGCUUGGAAUGUUUUUGUGAAAGUAUUUGUUGACCAUGAUAAUGCAAAUAACAGAAGAAGAGAGAAAGAAUGAACCCUUUCUGGGUGUUUCAGGGCAAGCUUUAUGUUCUUUUGUAAGCAGGGGUGAAAAUGUAAAACAACUGGCCCAGAGAAGGUACAGGCCAGUACUGACAAAAUGGAAGCAAAACAAGAGGCAACAGUUUUAGAAGACCAAACAUUGUGAGUAACUUUCCAGUUUGGUAUUUUUUAAGGAAGUUAAAUAAAUUUGGUAUUAGCUCGUUACCUUAAGUCUUCAUCUUACGGUCAGUCCUGUAAGUCUAAUUAGGCAUUUGCAUGUUGUUAGCAGGGAAAUUGCCUCAGCAGAGCUCCAGAUUUUAUUCCCAGUUGUGGCUGAGAAGCAAAGCCAUGGCCUCUCAGGACCCUUGUGUAAUCUGAGGGUCCAGGCUUUAGCCAAUAGCGUUGUUUACCUUUUUUCCUGGAAGAAGAAACUAAUGAAACAAGUGCCUCACUCCCUUUAUCAAACACUGUAUUCAGCCAAGGCACACGCGCUUUUAAUACGAGACUGAGUACUUGAGGAGGGUAGGGAGAGUUGAAGGCAGCAUUUAGAAACCCGUGGAAAGGGUUUAAGAAGAUGGUUCUGGGUGACCUGGGUGGACCAGAACUUUGUUUGCCUACAGCUAAAGUUUGUCCACAGUGAUAUGGCUGUUCCAGGGACAUGGAAAGUCUGUUAUGGGAGCCAUCCAGCACCAGUUUCACACUAGGCACUUACUGUUUCAAUGAUGAGAAACCGUAGCGUGAUCCAAUCCCGGAUUUUGUUCUUGUUACCUUUUCCAAAGGCCAUGCUUGUGACACAUUCUGGGCAAACAGAGAGAUGGCUUAGGUUAGCAGGCUAGAAUUGAGUCAUCUAGUCUAGCCUUCUCAUUUUACAGAUGGGAACACUUAAGGGUCAGAGAGAUUAAAUACUUACCCGCACACCUGGGCAGUGACAACACAGAGUCUAGAAUUCAUGUUUUUUAUUACACCAGGCUGCAUGAGACUGGCCUUCAAGGCAUUCAUAUUAAUAGCCUUUCUACCCUUGGUUGUUUAUUCAUCCACCUAUAUAGGUAGCACAGGGAUUAAUAUUCAUUUUAACAAGUUGUCCUUAAGUUAUAGAGAAUUACACCUAUUAUAAAAAGUAGGAGCAGGAAUUCUCUGCCGGUCCAGUGGUUAGGCCUCCGUGCUCUCACUGCCAAGGGCCCGGGUUUGAUCCCUGGUCAGGGAACUAAGAUCCCACAAGCCUCACGGCGCAGCCAAAAAAAAAAAAAAAACUAGGAGCAAAAUUGGAUUUCGGACCUGUGAAUAAAACCAUUACUUUAAAAAGUAAUACCUCCCCAAAGAGUUAUACCUAAAGUUUCAUCCCACUUUCUGUUGUCUGACUACAGUAGCGAAACGACCAAUUUCAAAAGAAGGAAUCACACCAGAACUGACACAUCCUCUAGAAUGCUAGGCCCUUUAGAGUGGUCACCUUGGGAGUCCAUAUAUGUAUGCCAGUGAUAAAGCCAGUGCUCCAGACAGCUGGGGACUUCCUUAUGAGCUGCCUGAAUGACCUACAGCCCAUUCUUUUGAAUACUGCCAGUGAUGGGAAAUGGUGGCCUUUCAAAAGAAAUUUAAUAUUUGGAAACAACAAAAAGUCCUUAGGUUACAAGUUGAUGAAUGAAAAGGAUACUUAAGCAAAGUUUGGAGUCACAUAAGAGUAACUUUCCAGUAACACAAUUCUAAAGAAAUAAGACUUAGUUCUUACAUGGCUUAUAACUGUCUUUGAGCCAAUAUCAAAAUAUUUUGAGCAGGACAGUAGCAGAAUCCUUAGAAUAAAUGUACAUAGCCUUCUAAGCUGACUUUUGAAAGUCAUUCAGAGGUAUACUUUCUGCUCUGUUAACACUUUAUUUUUUUUCCUGUUAAUACUUUAAAUUAGUAUAUUGCUUUAUCAUCACACUUCAAAGUUAAAGUACAUAAAAAUCAAUUUUGUAAUUGACUUUUUUUUCCUCAAAAUAAAUUAAAAGUAAUGCCUGGAAUCAUAAUUAGUAUUUUCACAUAAUAAUAGCUUAAGAAGAAAUUGUUUUAAAACAAUUGUUUUAAAAUUGUUUUAAAGUUAAAUUGCCAAAAAUAUUAUCUCUUGAAACAUUUAUCUUCCAAGUGUUUUUCAAAUGUCCUGAAACUCCUAAUAUCAACCUUGGUGACAUAGUGGCAUUACACUGGUAAUUGGUAUUAUGUGUGAGACCCUGAAGCUGUGCCCUAUCUGGGGGCUCACCAGCGCCUUAAAAAUGACUGAGGCUCAGUGUGGAGUAGUAUAAAGUAGGGUUCUCAGUGGAGAAAAAUGGGCUACUGAGAACAAAAGGAAGGUUUCCCAACCUUCUCCAUCCUUUUUCCCACUGGGGGCAGGAAUUUGAUAGAAGAACCUAAAGCUUGCAAAAGUUUAUGAUUUCCCUCUAAAAUUUAUUUUAAAUAUUUCACACAUUUUGUACCUUUUGUAACACUAUGGUAUUUACUUUAACAUGGCUUUUUAAGAAAUCAUUUUAAUGAACUUCUGUCACACUAUAUGAAUGAUACAGGGGAAAUACUGAAUUGCUCAUAUUUCCUUUUUUUGGCAAUAAAGCACUAUAGUAUGUAAAUGUAAGUAAAAGAGGGAUAGAGGCUAUACAUAACAGUCCAUGUGUAGUAAAUGUUGACACCUCUGAGAUAUUUUGAAACAUGAGGCAACAGACAAGGACCUCAGAUUCCCCAGGGAAAUAUUUAUUUGACAGCAUUGGAAGUGUAACUCUUAAUGAUGAAAUAGCUUCUUUCUGCUAAGAAUUAUGAUUUUUUCAGUAGAUUUUCAUUUUGAGAACUGUGAGUAUUUUCUCUGUGAGGUUUACAGAAACUAGUCUAUCUUUUUCACCAUUCGAAAGGACAAUCUGAACCGUAGCUAUUUACAUUUCAGUAUUAACACACCUUCACUGAUUGAGAAUGGAGUCUUGAGAUCUUCUCUACUUUUGUAAAGUGAAUCAAUCCUAUUUCCAAGUCAUCCAUGUCAUUUGAAGUCCGUGUUUCUUAUGUAAGUAUUUGUUACAUUACCUUUUAGUGUAAAAGGAGACAGAAACAAAUAAUAAGCUACUAGGUCUCUUAUUCCUAUUAAAAUACAUUUAUAAAUCUCUUGAAUCAAACUGAUUUCCAAGCUUUUUGAAGAGGGUACCGAUGGAGUGAGAUCAGAGUAAUCCAAGGAGAACCUCAUCCUUUCAGAUCUUACUAGACCUGAUUGUCCUCUCAAGGACAAAAUAAAGAUUGGCUCCAGAAAGUUAUCACAUUGAGCAAUUAAUACCAGAGUGAAAAGAAAUCGUCAAAAACACUCUCCUCAUCUGAAGGAAUCCAGGGUAUCCUUGGGUUAUGUGGGAGGGAAUCACGCUUGACCCAAUUACCUAAAUGUAUUUACAUGUGGCCCAGCCUUUAUUCCAAACACUAGACAGAUCUUGUUAAAAGUAGAGAGGUGUGGUAAGAGUUCCUGUUGUCAAUCAAAUGAGGGUGUUAAACUUAUAAAAAGAAUUCUCUAUGUUACACUUGAACCAUGUAUAAAUGUACCCUGUGUAUCUUUUUUUUAAAUGAGCAUUUCUGCAUUUAAAUUAUAUUGUUUUCUUUGUAUUGUUAACAAAAUGCAUCAGAACUGGAUUUUUUUUCUCAUCUGAGCAUACUUAAAAUUUAAAGAGUAUUGUGAUAUCAAGCACUUUAACAUGUGUAUCAGAGAAACUGAUGUGGGUUUUUCAGGUUUUGGAGUACAUUUAAAUAUGACUUUUCAUGCUUCAUUCUUUACAAAUAAAACUGUGGGGUUGAUA